AGUGGUCCCCGACGGACGGUCGCUUGCGUUCAUCCUCGUUAUUUUGGAUAAUAGUCCACGACGAAGGAGAGACGCGUCCGUGAUCGCCGUCCAGUCAAGAGAAAAAAAUAUAUAUAUAGCGAAAAAAACCUACAUACACACGCACACGUAGAUUCAGUCAAAGUUUAUGAAAUUUGUGAUGUAACUAAAACAACGGUUCUUUCGGAAUUGGAGCCUCGAAAAAUCUUGCAAACAAAGGAUAUUUUGUGUAUUUGGGAUAUUAUUGUUUUUCGGGUUCAAAUUUAAAGCGUUGAAAUGAAAAAUGAAGUUUCGAAUUGCUCAUAAAUAAAAGUGAUCGUGUACGAGUUUAGAUUUCUUAUUUUAAAAAUCUUUCGGGUUUUUCGCUCUUUUUUUUCCUUCCGAAUCAUCCAUGGGUCUAUUUGACUUCGGACGUGUAUCGAUGGUUGUCGUCCGAUAAAUCGUAAUAACGAGAUGAAUUUCGACGACGAAAAACUCAGGUAGCGGCUCUGCCAGGAGGAUGGGGGCCCACGAUGGGGGAGUGCUACUGCUCUAACAUCACCAUCAUGCAGCUGUUCCACGAGCUGAAGCAACAGUUUCCUGCGCUCCCCGACCACAUCGUGUCCCAGUGCAUUGCCCAGAAUAGUCACGACAAAGAGACAUGUGCACGAAGUUUACGAGUAACCCAGGAAUCCCGUCCGUCCCCAGGUGCGUUUCCUCCGCGGGCGCAGCCUCAGAAAGAAGCGAUAGCGAAGGUGGCGAAAAGGCCGGUUGAGGAUGAGCCUCCUCGUGGUAUGACAAGCAGGAGUCAUGCGACGAGUUUGAACGGAGUGAACAGGAGCAGAAUACCGAACGGUAAUCCAGCCCAGAUCCGAGCGCACAGACCGGCGUCUCUGGACAUUGGAAGAGCGUUUGGGGCGCGCCAAUGUCCGAGGUCGCCGAACGGUCGACCCCGAGGAUCGGGCACGAACAGCAGGGAGCCAGGGAGCCGUGUGAACAACCCCGCGCCAUCCUCCGCACCGCCGACUUUCUUUCCCGCGAGGGGCUUCUUCGAAGAUUUCGCUACUCCGAGCCCUGCGAAGCAAAAUAUCAAGGUCGCGGUUGAGGCGACGACGAGCACGAAUCAAACCGCCACGACGAACACCAAGGAUAUUUCUGACUCGCUGAUCGGUCUUGAAAACCAGUCAAGAAAUCGGGCCAACCAGCCUGCCGGGUUCGAACUUAACGUCAACGUGGCCUGCAGUCCAGCUGGUAAUCACGAUUUUCGAAUAGUGCCGAAAAUUGGCACGCCCAAACGAACUGACUUGGUGCUCGAGCCACGAGCCCAUUACGCCGAUGCCAGGAUUGCGCAAUCCAGCAAACCCAUCAACUUGAUAAACCACCGAAAAUCCCCGGACCCAACGAGGAGCUACACGUCGGUGAGCCUCACCCUGAGGCCACCCUCCUCCGAUCCGCAACCGCCGAUCGACAUACGAUCGCAAGGAUCGAGCCUCACGUAUUCCACGUCGUCCUUAGACCCGCGGGGCUUUCAAAGUCGCCUUCAAAUCAGCAUUGGACCGGGAAGCGUCGGCAGCGUCGCUUCCGCCAGGAUCAGACCACCCAUGGGACUUCCAAGGCCCAAUAGCCUCGUCCCCCAUCAUCAAACUAGUCAACAGAGGCCUCCAGGACUUCCUGCUGGCCCACCGAGUCAAUUGCCCCGGCCCACGACAACAACGAGUGCUCCGACGACGCCCUCAGCACCCGUAACAAACCUCGUACAGCCCAUUAGCUUACCAACGACCCCUUCCACUCACUCAGCAAUCUCGUCGCCCCCUUCCGGCUCUCCUACGCGAGAUCCGUCUCAGGUGAAAACGGACCUUAACUCUUUGCCUUCCAAUCCAGCGGCAGAGCAUCAAUCCGUUAUCAUCGCAGAACAAUUACUGAGGAAGGAAAGACUGGAGAAAGAGCUGAAGGCUGAGAAGGGAAGACUCGAAGCAAUGAAGCGAGAAUUGCAGACACUUACGAAACCGGUAGAGUCCACCGGCUCGCUGGUUGAAGAAAUCAAAAGGAAAUUAGUCAGUGAAAUUUAUCAACUACGGUUGGAGUGUGACCGACUGGCCGACGAAGUGGAUAAGAGGUCCGAUCCAAGAGUUCCUCUAGGCGAAACAAACGAGGAGUUUUAUCAGGGCAUUUAUACGGGUCAACCGUACGCAUUAAACGAUAAUUACGUCGGAGGUGGCGUUGCGAGGAGAUCGCCAGAACCACCGCCGUUACCAAGCAGGCCACCGGUUUGGCAAACCCCUUCACCGAGGAUAAACCAACACCAUAAUAAUGUGGAAAAUCGUCGAGAGGAACCGAGCAACGAGGAUUGGGACGAGCGCGAUGGUCCUUCGUGGGUUUGUCGAAUGUGUACUUUUGACAAUCAUCCACUAAUGGACAAAUGCGAGCAAUGUGAUAUGCCGAGAUUGCUCGUUCGUGACACAGCAGGCGAGACGCAGGAUAUUCACAUACGUGUUACACACCAUCAUAAUUUCAACUCACCGAGGAGAACCGUGCACAGUUGGGUGGUGUAACACGUGAGCGAAAAUAGAAAUCGAUCUAUCGUUGAAUAAAACAAAACUGUAAAUACUUAAUUAUUUAAUAAAAUAACUAAAUAGGAGAGAAAAAGGAGGAAGGAAAGAAGAAAAAUCGAGAAACUUUCGCACGACAAAGAAAUGUGUAUAUUGUAAUUAAAUUUUUUAUUUGACAUUUUAAUAGCUUUGUCGAAAGGUCAAAUGAACUACAAAAAAGUUAUUUUCGUAUUAUUAAAGAAAUAUUUCGACAAAUUA